AUGAUUUGGCACACUGUUAAACUCGAUGAAGAAAAGCAGUGUGUUGCAAUCGCAUGCAAGGAUUCGACCUUAAAAGCUCGGGACUGUAUGGACACUUUGAAGAUGUUCUGCAAUUCUACAGAAAUCACCACUUCAAAAAUGAUAUGGAGAGAAUCACUUGACGAAUGUAAAUCAUCGUAUGGAUUAUAUGCUAUUGGACAUAGUGAUUCGUCAUACCUUAAUUUAAGAUGUCCGACAGCGAAAUCUGAAACACUGUGGAUUGGAGUUGUACAAGAAAAAUACGUUUCAAAGGAUAAUGGACAUAACAUCCAUGACAAGAAAUUGUACUUACGAUGUCAAAAGUGCAAAACAGGUGAUUGUGCAUAUGAAAAAUGUUCCACAGAUAUAAAAAGCGAUGUAUUUUGCUCCUCUGUAAUAACUUCUGGACAGGAAUUUACACCGAAAUAUUAUAUGGAAGUGGUCUCUGCAACAGAAUCAACAUCUGGUAAUAAAAAUAAUGGAAUCCACUCUAUAAUCGUUCCUGUUGUUGUUGGAAUUAUUGUUAUUAUUGUAGCUGUAUUCGUUCUAGUUCGCUUUCAAAUGAAAAAGGCAGACUGCUUCACACGAGCAACUGUUGAUAAAGAGAUACCAGAUUCAGAAGAAAAAGAUGAGCCUGCUUCAAAGCUAUGUCAGUAUCUAGGGAAGCUAUGUUGCUCUCGAUCAUGUAGUGAUGUUUCGGAGACGGACGCUGAUAAUGCAAUCCCAAUAUAUGCAAUCAGUGAUGACGGCUGCUAUGAUACUUUUGAUUGGAAAAAUGAGAGGAAGCAAGAAACAGGUAACAUUUAUGACCAUGCUCCUGGCAAAGAUAACGGUGAAGAAUCUUUUUAUGACUCAACCACAGACAACCGUUUGAAGGAUGACCUUGUAGAGGAUACAUAUGAUAAAGUUCCGUAA